AUGAUUGCUGUAAUAGAAACCGAAAACCAAGCAUUGAGAUGGUUGAAUAAAGCUAAAAGAAAUGAAUUUCUUGUAUUUGAAAAUAAUUACGACACAUUCACAAAAGAAAAAAUAAUCGAAAACUCACCUGAUAUCGUAUUAAAAAAAGUUUAUUCAAAUAAAGUACAAAGAAGAUUUUCUUUAUUGAAUUUAAAAUUAAACGAUUUAUACACAAUUAAAGAAUUUUUACAAGAUCAUCAAAGAAUUCAAAAUCAUGAAAAUAUUAUAAAUUUUUAUGGAAUAUUUGAAG